CUUCACAUAUGCCGACGACGAGAGAGGCGCGGGGCGCGGGGCGCGGGCUAGCGGCCCGUUGCGCGUGCGCCGCGAUUCACCGGACACUCAGCGAGCGACAGCCAACUAGGCGGACACUUUAUCGUCCUUGCGUGCAAUUUGAAUACGCGAAUAAAUUAUUAUAAUACAGUCCAAGUCUUAUUACACCGAAGUCCUUCAUUUUCUGGUCCUUCGAAGCGAAAAACCUGCAUACUUCCGUCGCAUUACAAUUGCAACGCAACGGUCAUUGACGUCGCGUGGUUUACAUUGACCGCGCCCAAGGACAAAGGACAAGAAGUCGUCUCCGUCAUCUACGUGGCAGCCUUUGUCGUCUGAAGAAGCUGAUGUCAGGGAGUAUAAUUCUGUAUUUGAGUGAGUCCAUCCAAUUACUUAUUUCCAACUUUCCCUAUUGAAAACUCUUUUUGCUGAAAUUUUUAUUUUUUAAAUAUUUCUCCAUAAUUAAUCUUCUAGUUAAUCAAGUAAUAUAUUGCUUAAUUACUUCAUUGAUGCAUUAUUUAAUUAUUUUAUAACAAAAAGUACGCACGCACUUGACACGUGUUAACCUUGAAACCGGUCAAGUCUUAUCGCUUUGAAUAGAACCCGUUCGUCUACGCAAACAGGUGCUGCAUUUUUUAUAUCCAUUCAUUACGAUUCCUUUGUUUAAUUUUAUUUUUUAUGACUCUUUUUUUUGUUUCACAUUGCAACAUAAAAACUUUAAGAUGUCUGAUAAUUUAAAAACCCUUAUUAAAAAACGUAGUUCAAUAAAGUCUAAAUUAACAAUAUUUAAUAAUUAUUUAAUGUUAAUAAAAAGCAGUCCCGAAUUAUCAGAGUUACAACGUCUUGACCUCAUGGAACGUUUUCGUAAAUUUGAAAAUUUAUAUAAUGAAUUUGAUGACCUGCAGAAUACGAUUGAACUACUUUCCGAGGAUGCCGAGUCUACGUUUACUGAGCGUGAGGACUUCGACCGUCAGUAUUUCAAUCUGGUGGCACUCACGCGCAGCCUGCUCGGUGCUUCGUCCAACGGUACUGGAUCUGAGGCGGGCUUCAAAGAUGCUGACUCAGAUAAAACUACUCAAAUACCAAAAAAAUCUAAUAAUAAUUUUAAUAAAUGUCCGCUUUGCUCCCAAGCACAUGCUUUAUACAAAUGUGAUUCAUUUCGAAGUUUAUCUAUUGAAAGUCGCAUACAAAAGGCAAAUGAUUAUAAUGUUUGUCUUAAUUGCUUACGGUUAGGCCAUUCUGCUAAGCAAUGCAAACUAUCACAUUGCAAAUAUUGUAAAAUAAAACAUAAUACGCUUUUGCAUUUAAAUUCGAAUGACUUCAAAACUGUCAAUUCAUUGCUUUCUUCUUUGCACCUUGCUACGUCAAAUGUUACACUUCCGGCCAAUUGCUUGCAGCUUGCUACUUCUGCGCAUGUAUUACUGUCCACAGUUCUGGUGAACGUGAUCGGCGCGUCGGGUAAAAAGUACACUGCACGUCUACUGCUGGACAACGGUAGCACGGCCAACUUUGUUACGCAGACAUUCUUCGAGAAACUGGGUUUGUUACGACGCGGUACUAGCACCAGGGUAACAGGUAUUAAUAAUCGUAUUUCUACUAGUACACAGUCUUGUCACCUCCUAAUAGAGUCUUUAUGCUGUGCCUAUACUGUAGAUAUAGAGUGUCAUAUCUUGCCUGAAAUUACAAAAGUGUUACCGUCGUCUUUCGUACACAUCAACCACGUCUCUAUUCCUUCAGGUCUUAAACUAGCGGACCCGAACUUCAACGUUCCGUCGGCCGUAGAUAUCCUGGUAGGGGCUGAAGUGUUCUGGAAGGUAUUAAGUAAAAAUUAUAUAGAUUUAGGGAAAAACUUACCUAAAUUACACGAAACUAGAUUCGGAUGGCUAGUAUAAGGUAGUAUUCCCCACCAAUCUAAACAAAAAUCUAUUUUUAAUCAUUUUUGCCAUCACACUAAUGUCACUCCCGACCUUACUCAAUUCUGGGAGCUUGACAACGUUUCUUCAAAACAUUCAUAUUCUCUAGAAGAAAGAGCAUGUGAGCAAAUUUUUAAGCAAACCACUGUUCGUAACAAUGAUGGUGGAUUUGUAGUCACCAUGCCUUUAAAGGGUGACCCUAGUAAUUUAGGUCAAUCUUAUUUACAUGCUAAAAAUAGGUUUUUAUCCCUUGAAAGGCGAUUUAGGCGUGACCCUAUUUUUAAAAGGCAUUAUAUUGAAUUUAUGCGAGAAUAUGAAAACUUAGGUCAUAUGACUU